AGAUCGAGGCAGAUAGCAUUAUAUUAGGAUUAAGGUGUGUCCUCCUGUGUUAGAGUUUUCAUUCAUAUAUAAUAGACAGGAGGAGCGGCACUUUCUCUCUCUGACACACAUACACGUGCAUUUACAACACAUACAUUUUUGCUGCGGAGAGGAACCAACUCCCCUCCCCUGUGACUCCAGGGGAAGAGGGGAAGCGACAGAUUUUACAGCUCUCUCUCUCUCUCACACACACACACACACACACUCCCUUUCUGUUUCUCUCAUCACACACACCAAGAAAAGCACAUGUGUUCCAGAGUGGACGAGCGGCAGAAGGAUGCACCAUGAAGUCUCAGCAGAAGUGCAUCGUGAUCUUUGCCUUGAUCUGCUGCUUCGCCGUACUGGUGGCGUUGAUUUUCUCAGCCGUGGACAUUUGGGGUGAAGAUGAAGACGGAAUCACAGAGGACAACUGUAGCAGAAACUGCAAGGUAGUGCUUGUGGAGAACAUCCCAGAAGACAUCUCCUUCUUAGACAAUGGUACAUCACACCUCCCUCUCUCCGGGGGGCUCUACAGCUUACUGGACCGAGCUAGGCGGGUCGUUGAGAUAGUUUCCCCGCUGUGGCUCCUCAACUCCUCCGACUAUGAAUCCAGCUUCCAGCCUGCUGCCAGACAGGGCAGGGCUCUGCUGUCCAGGCUGCAGGGGCUGAAAGCUAAAGGGAUCACGCUGAAGAUUUCCAGCGGGAUGAUCGACUCCACUGAGCUGGAGACGCUCGCCAAACACUAUGCUGAAGUCCACUACGUGAACACAACAGCGUUGACCAGAGGCCACCUCUACUCUUCUUUCUGGGUGGUUGACAGGAGACAUAUCUACAUCGGCAGCGCCAGCAUGGACUGGAGAUCCCUAGCCACAAGGAAGGAGCUGGGUGUGUUGGUGUACGACUGCAGCUGUCUGGCUCUGGACCUCCACAGAGUGUUCAGUCUCUACUGGGGGCUCCAGUAUAAAGACUUCAUCCCCUCCUUCUGGUCCAAGCGCGUCUUUGCCCUCUACAACAGGGACGAACCACUGGAGCUCACUCUGAACAGCACAAAGGCUCAGGCCUACGUCUCUAGCUCCCCAAAUGUUUUCAUCCCCAAAGAUCGUAGCAGUGAUCUCGAAGCCAUUUCAAGAGUCAUCCAGGAGGCUCGCCAUUUCAUAUAUAUCUCCAUGAUCGAUUACCUGCCCCUCCUCAGCCACAGUGCUCAGAGGUACUGGUCCCGUAUCGACGGUCUUAUCCGGGAGGCUCUGAUCCUGAGGAAGGUCCGGGUCCGUCUGCUGAUAAGUUGCUGGGAAAAGACUCAUCCACUUACUUUCAACUUCAUCUGGUCUCUGAAGAGUCUGUGCAUGGAGCAGGCCAACUGCUCACUGGAAGCUAAGUUCUUCAACCCCAGAGUGCAGCGGGAUGGCAGUCUCCAGGGGAUAAACCACAACAGGUUUAUGGUGACAGACAGAGCCAUUUAUUUAGGUAACCUUGACUGGGUGGGGAAUGAGUUUACCUUUAAUGCAGGUGCAGGCCUCGUGAUCAGUCAGCCAGAGGGGGUCGAGGAGAGGAACUCUACAGUGGUGGAGCAGCUCCGGGCUGCAUUUGAGAGGGACUGGUUUUCACGCUACACCCGCUCGCUGCAGGCCAAUAAGAUCCCCGUCUGCAACAAGCACCAGAUCAACAGGCUGGUGCCAGUCAAAACCAGCCACAUAGACAACGGACCAGUGCCUAUUAGAGCAGGCCAGCACGAUAACGGACCUGCACCAAUGAGACACAGUCACAAAGAUGAUGAAAAGGGAGUUAAGACAAAGCACCAUGAAGACAGACUCAGCAAAAUUAAUCACCAAGGCAAGGCCAGUGGAUUGGUGCCAAUAAUAGACGGUUAUCAAGAGAGGGGACGAGUCAGAAUGAGUCACAUUGACAACAGACAGGUACAAAUCAAAGAUAAUUACCAUGACAAUCCAAUGGAUCCACCCAGUCAGUCAGCUGAGAGCAGCGGCAGCAGAGAGACCUUCAACGGGUCCCUGUGACCACAGAGGUUCAUAACUAAAUGAUGAGAACUGCUCUCUGCCAGUUACAAUGGACUGGAAACACUGGCUCUUUGUAGCAUUUUAUUGUUAUUUUAAAGAAAACAUUGAAGAUUUAAGUAAUAUCUGGUUUGCAGGACUUGAUCAUGUUCACAGAAGAACUCAGGAAGGAAAGUCAACUGCAGUUUGGCACUUUUGAUGGAUUUUUUAAUACUGAAACCAAAACAUUUGGUAAAGAAGAAACCGUUCUUAAUAUACUGAAAUAUUAACUUACAACCUUACUUAUUUAAUCUUUUUUCUCUCCUUGUUGACAUCUAUCAAGCAAAGGAAACAGAUUAAAUCUUAUUGAUUGCCUCAUUAUUGUAUGUCACUUUAGCUGUGUGUGGCAGUCAUAAUUUAUCACCCUUUAAAAGGGGGAAUGACGCCUGCAUGCCUAUGCAGAGAUGGAAGCACGUGUAGCUACACUAGCUACGUUUAGCAUAAAGAUACACCCCAAAGUAGUGGAAGAUUUACUCCACGGCUUUACAUGCUGUGGAUCUCUUAACGCCUCCACCAAGGAGGUCAUGUAUUCAGUUUGGUUUGUUUGUCUGUUUGUCAGCAAGAUUGUGGAAAAACUACUUGCCCAAUUUUUAUGAAACUUGGUGGAAGGACGGAACAUGGGCCAAGGGAGAACUCAUUCAAUUCUAAAAUGGAUCAGAAUCGACAGGCAGACACAGGAAUUAUUUUUCACUUUCGUUAACAUUGCAAGAGGGCAUGGCAGAGGUCUGUGGACACUGAGUACUGCACUCAGACUUGUACACAAUACUUUGGCCUCUUGUAAAUAGUUAAUGUGCGGCUCCAGCUAAUUACUGAAAGAUUAUAUAUUACCACUGAAAACUUCUGAUAUUCAACCCUGACCAAAUCAGGCCAAAAACAACAAUUUAAAAAACUGUUAAUUAACUCUAAUGUUGAAUGACAUUAACAGAAACAGACAACCUUUUGUGUACAUGUAAACACAGAUUCCUCUCAAGGGAAAUGUUUGUGCUAAGAAGUCAAAUAUUUCGAUUUAAUUUCAUUGAUGAACAUUCCCAUUAGUCCUAUAAUGGAAGGAAUUCAUAUUGAGUGCUGACCCAAAGCUGAAGAGCACUAAAGGGACUCAUCAAAUCAUGUCCACCAUGAUUUCAUCUCAAUGGCAGAAACACUCUUUAGACAGCGGUUACAUAAUCCAGGAUCUGAUGCAUCAUAUAUCUCUCCACAGCAGGACGUUGUAUAUCACAAUGUUUUAUUUGGUGGAGGUCAUAAUUGAAUUAGAAGAUGCUCUUGUUCUGCUGUGUUUAUUACAUGACACCAUUUGUACCCUAAGGUGUGAAGUUUUCCAUUGAAAAUCUACAGCCUUCAUUAGUUUAAGUGGAAGGCAGGUAUUCUUCCCAGGAGGAUGAGGGGCGAUUGAUCUCAUCGGCUCCUUAUAGAAAAUCAUUCCAGCUAAAGAAGACGAAUUGAAUGGUUAUCUAUAACAUUUCUUCCGAAUGCAAUGUUGUGACUUAUUGAACAAAAACUAAAGGAGCUGUAAGACACAGGGGCCAGAGGGUCUGUGCUGUCAGCCAAAUCAAUACAAUGAAUUUUUAACAGAGCUUGACAGUUGCAGCUACUGCAGUUUAACCUCAAGGACAUUGUUGCCUGUAAUGUCUUGCCUGUGACUGAAUAUAUACUACGUUUACCAUGUGGAGGUAAAAAAAUAUAUAUAUAUAUACGAAUUUUAGUAAAGAACGACUAAUUUACUGUUGACUGAAAGCUUGUAGCGACCUUCAUUUGCAUCUUGAAUGAUUGCAUGACCUUUACACACACUUUGCUGUGAGUGCAACUUUGUGCAACAAUGCCUGUGAGUUUAUAAUGUGGGGACAUUUUGUUACUUCCAAAGCCAUUAAUCAAGGUAACAGGAAAACAUUUCCAGAGAGAACUACAUAGCAAAGUCCUAUAUCAACAAUAUGGUCAGUGCUUUAAUGUGAAAGCAGCACAGGUAUAAUUAGGGUUUUGUCUGCAUUUACUUGGCAGGAAGACAGAUUGCAUACUUUAAUUCUACCAUUGUUGCAGUCAGAAUGCAUAGAGGCUUCAGUUGUAACCAGAAUUAAUUAUAAACAGGAAGUCAAAUGUUGUAAAAUUUGGUCAUAAAGUAAUUCAUGAUAUGCUCCCUAUGAUGUACAGUCAGGAAACAUGUAGCUGACCCACUAAUAUCAGUGGAAAAAUCAAACAUUUGUCAGUCAAAAACAUAGCACUUGACAAUAAUCUGGUCAUGAUGGAUAACUUCUGCCAUCUAGAGGAUGUCCUGAGAAAGAGCAUUUCUUCUUACUUGCUACAAUAUGAUGCUUUAUAAAAACAGUCUUUUUUAAAAUACAUCGUAACAACUACUGUUUAUAUGCCAAUUCUAAUAAAAUGUAUAAAAGUCAGCAACAUGGGAAUGCAAGUGAUUUUCCUGCCAAAGUUUGAACUUAAAUUAUGUUCAUAGCUACUGUUUUGGUAUGAGGUGAUCAGAAGACAACAUAUAUUGUACUCACAGUAUAGUAAGAGAAGUUAACAUUAAAUAAAGUGUAAAUCAAUAGCAAUGUGAUUAUUAGUAAUUAAUUUACUACCCUGAUUCCAAAGAAAUUGGUACAAUGUGUAAAACGUAAAUAAAAACAGAAUGGAUCAAAUUCAGAAUUCAGAGUGUAUAUGUAAAAACAAAAGUUUUAUCAUUUUGAACAUUAGAUACGUAUUGUCUUUCUACAGUUUUUAUUGAUUAUAUGUCACAAAGAUUUUGAAAAUUAUCACAUUCUGUUUGGUUUACGUUUUAGACAAUAUCCCAACUUUUUUUUGGAAUCAGGGUUAUAACAGUCCAUGUUUAAAAUGACAUGCACAAAACAAAAAAAUGACUUUCUCAUGCUGCUGUAUGUAUUCUCUCUUUCAGUGCAAGACACAAUUCAUCCUCGUAUAUCACACUAACACUUAUAUGAAGCAAACACAAUCAUUUGUUUCUCCAUACAGAGUGAGUAGAACCUGAAGAUCUCAAUAAUAAUGUCUACAUAUUUUCUUGCGAAGCACUGCGUCGACACACUGUAUUGCUUGUGAUCUGACAGCUGGUCUGGAGUCAGAUUCAGUACUUUACGCUGCUAUUUCUAUCUAUGAUUGUUACACUGGGGGCAGGAAUGCUACUAAUGCACCCUGUACCAAGUCUUUGUGUAUAUUACUUGUUUAUUUGUUUUCAAACUAUUUUUAUAGUUAAAAACAGUGAGCAUUUUGCCGUAAGCAGGGACCAGGACCUUCAAUGGCAUAUUUUCAGACUUAUUGUUGCUCUGGAACAUAUGCCAAGGUUUGAAAUCAGCAAACGUUUACAAUCUGCUACAUGCAAAUUACAAACCCAAGCAAAAAUAACAAAGCAAACAAAAGAAAUGUUUCUGUAUCACCUGUCUGUCUGUCUGUCUAGUCCUCCAGUGAGAUUUAAAAAAUUGAGCAAAAAGAGGCAGAAGGGGAGGUGGGUUUGAUGUAGCUGUAACAUUAAACAGACUGAAGCACUGUUACUGACUGGUUCAAUUUAAAUGCUCACUGUAAAAGCUUUUUAAUGUCGCCUACCUUUAUAUCUAUUGAAUUGUUUUGGCAUGACUGCUGCUUGCAUGCCCUGCCUUUAUGAACUGUGCACAGUAGCUAUGAGCCUUUAUAGAGAUAAUGAUAAUAUUGAAAGCUUAAAUACCUUUAAAAAUACACAAGGAAUGUAUAUUUAUUGAAUACUCUUGUUAAUGCACACUACUGAAUUAUAUGAUCGCUACGUUUUUACUCUUAAUAAAAAAAAAUCUUUGGUUUUUGAA